UUUUCGUUUUUAUUUCUUAGUUGUUCAUGGUUUACAAAACGGCAUUCAAACCGUUUUCCACACUUAUUAGCUCGGAAUGCAACGCAAGCACAGUAAACGGUAGUUAACAGGAGAAACGUAAAAAGGUCAUAUUUAUUUUCAAAAAGACAAAAUUUAAAUAGAAUAUCAAAACAACAUUUCAGGAACAAGUCCAAACAUGUAAAACAUAGUCUAGUACGAUUUCGAUCCAGGAGAAUGAAGAAACAAAUUGGACAUAUCUGAUGUUCCCACCAUGAAUUAAGGCCAUAAAAUUAAAAUAUCUCGGACAACUAGAUUAGAUAGGUGUACUAAAAGGUGAAAUUCUAUUGGUGAAUAAUCAAAAUGGAUGAUUAUACAAAAAUUGAAAAGAUUGGAGAAGGAACUUAUGGUGUAGUAUAUAAAGGUAGACAUAAGAAAACUAACAGAUUGGUAGCUUUAAAGAAAAUACGAUUAGAAAGCGAAGAGGAGGGAGUUCCAUCAACAGCUAUACGAGAAAUUUCUCUACUCAAAGAAUUACAUCAUCCCAACAUUGUUUGUUUAGAAGAUGUACUUAUGCAAGAAAACAAGUUGUAUUUAGUAUUUGAGUUUCUAUCAAUGGAUUUAAAACGUUAUAUGGAUACUAUACCAAGUGGACAGUAUAUUGAUAAGAUGUUAGUCAAGAGUUACGUAUAUCAGAUUUUACAAGGUAUAUUAUUCUGUCAUGAAAGAAGAGUUUUACAUCGUGAUUUGAAACCACAGAAUUUGUUGAUAGACAGUAAAGGUGUUAUAAAGUUAGCUGAUUUUGGUUUAGCUCGAGCUUUCGGUAUUCCAGUUAGAGUUUAUACUCAUGAGGUUGUAACAUUAUGGUAUAGAGCACCAGAGAUAUUAUUGGGUUCACCUCGUUAUUCAACACCAGUCGAUAUGUGGAGUAUUGGAUGUAUAUUUGCUGAAAUGGUAACAAAACGACCCUUGUUUCAUGGAGACUCAGAAAUAGAUCAAUUGUUCAGAGUUUUCAGGACGUUAACAACACCAACAGAAGAUGUUUGGCCGGGAGUCAGUAGUUUACCAGAUUAUAAAAGUACAUUUCCUAACUGGAGAACUAAUCAACUAGCACCUGCUGUAAAACAAUUAGAUAAUAUAGGUCUAGAUCUAUUACAGAAAACUUUAUAUUAUGAUCCAGCUACAAGAAUAUCAGCUAAAAAAGCUUUAAACCAUCCUUACUUUCUGGAUCUCGACAAAAUGGCUCUUCCUGCAGCCCAACAUAUUUCUUAAUAUUAUAAACAAUAUACAAUAUAUAAUAGAUUAAAAGUGCUAAGCCGAACCAGAACAUACCUUGGACAAUUGACUUUGGAAUCGUAAUUGACAUUACUAUGAACGGAACAGUAUUGACAGACUGUCAUUAUGUUUAACAAUCAACAAUCACAAUUGAACUAAAGGCGUUUUUAACGACAUUCUAAAUC